GGCUAGGAGAACUUUUAAGGGCCGUCACCCAUCAUCAUAUUAUUAAUUGUCUCUGUUUGGGCAGACAGUUCGGUAGUCCAGAUAAGAAUUGCAGAAACGGGGAGAUCAAUAAGCCACUGUGUUGAAAGCCAAUACUACGAAAGGGACCAACGCACGAAUGAAAAGAAAGCACUCAACACCAUAAUAUAAAUUACAUCACAAGAAUUUUGAAUUGAUACAUUACCAUGGUGACAACGCAUGCCGUUCACCUCGCCACUCUUUUGUUCGUCGCUGUGGCGGUCGACUGCUUCUCUCCGGGAUGGAUCACGAAUAGCAGAACGGAAACGCCAGGCAGCAAUACGCGAACUACGCUUUUGCAAGCGGAACGAAAGCCGUCGAGGGUAUCGGAUCCCUCCGGACCAACCGUCGAAAUGGAGCCAGAGGAAUUUGAAGAGGUUGACUACGACAGUCUUCCCGAAGCCAAGUUCGACGAUUCCAACAUUCCCAUUCCCAGCCAACCCUGGAGGAGGGGAGAGCUGGCCGGUUGCGAUGCUCCCAUUGACGCCGAGUGGAGGAAGGAGGCGGAGAAGAUGAUCGAAAUGGGCGUUCAGAUUUCCGGGGGAACCUACAUUGACACCACGUGGUAUCUCACGUCUGUCGUGAUCACGAUCGGCAUGGACUUCCAAGAGAUGAAGAUGGAUCUCUUGCGCGAGGGUGGACCGGAAAUCAAGGUCGAUACGGCCACCAAGCCCAUUUAUUACGAUCCGGACGAUCCCGAACCAGAGGACAUCUGGUUUGAGGAAGACGAAGAGACCCCCAUCUUCGAGAGGGAUCCCGACGCCGAAGACGCGAUCGCCAACCGAACCUACGCCAAGGCAGAUCCAAAAGAAGGAGAAGCAGAUACGCCCGAAAGUUUAGGAAUGGACCCAGAAGGUAAGAGAAGAUCACCAAACAUAAGAAAUUUGGCUAUGGUGCUUGAGCAGUGAUGCUGCUGAAGAGCGCGUUACCAGUAUUGCCGGAUAUUGACUCUUCGUGGCUUUUGGAAUGGGCGAAUUAGAUUAAUAAUGCUUCCCCCUUCUCGUUGUACUUAUGGUGCGUUUCUUAUGUAAAAACUUAUUAGGCGACGCUCCUCUUUACGUCGACAAGGAAUUCCGAGAGGACUUGGCGUUGCGAGCGAACGAACUCCGCAUGCUUCGAGAUACAAAGACUGACGACCCGGUCGACUGGGACGACAUGUUCUGGUUCGACAAGAGUGGACCGCACAAGAAAUAUUACGGGGAGAAGGUCAACACUGCAGCCCUUUCUACCAUUGCAGGAACAAUCCUCGACGCCCUCAACGAACGAGAAGACGAACUCCAGGUCUUGGCCCGCCACGAGGUGGUAAUGGCUUCUCCUAGCAACCCCCGUUCGAUCGAUACGCAAAAGAAAUUCGAUGCUGCUAUAGGCAGACGUGUUGCGGUCCGAACCCAUGAUCCGUGGGAAUCCAACAGGUCCCUGUACGGUGUCUUAGUCGAUCGCAACGCCCUCGAUGUGUACAUCAACCAAAAGGGACGGCUUGUAACAAUUCCAAACAAUUUUGUCUCUGGUGUAGAGCUAAUGUUAUCAGACGAAGAGGAGGACGAAUUGGAAGCCGAAGAAGAAUUACUUGAAUUGGACGAUGAGCUCAGCGAAGAGGAAUCGCACUCGGAGCUCAUGAAACGACGCCUUGCCGAGUUCGAAGCAGAAUUAGAGGAGGUCAUGGCAGAGGAGUACGAUGAGGAGGACGACGAUGAUGCCGAUACCGAAGACGAUAGCGGCGGAGAAGAUGACGAUGACGAUGUUAUCGAAGAAGAAAACUAAUUCUUUCCUUGGAAAGGUGACUAUUCCAUACGCAAAUAAUUUUUAAGUAUUCAG